AUGAGGAAUAUUAACAUCAACAGGAGCUGGGACAGCGAGGACGUGGCCGAUCAGAGGCUGACGUCACGCUGCUCUCACGGGACCAGGGCGCUGAUCUGCAGCUUCCGCGGCUCGCUGACUCAGGGCUUGACUCUGGAGGUCGGAGAGACGGUUCAGAUCCUGGAGAAAUGUGAAGGAUGGUUCAGAGGAUUUUCUACGAGGAAGCCGAAUGUCAAGGGAGUUUUUCCAGCCAACUACAUUCACCUGAAGAAAGCUGUCGUCACCAACCGAGGGCCUCACGAGACCGUGCUGCCUCUGGAGGACCCCAUCGUUACCGAGGUGACGUCCACGCUGCAGGAAUGGGCCUUGCUGUGGAAGCAGCUCUAUGUGAAACACAAGGUGGAUCUGUUCUACAAGGUUCGCCACGUGAUGAUGGAGCUGAUCGACCUGAGGAGGCAGCUGCUGUCAGGUCACCUGACACAGGACCAGAGCCGGGACGUCAAACGCCACAUCACCGUCCGACUGGACUGGGGCAACGAACACAUGGGUCUGGACCUGGUGCCGAGGAAAGAGUUUGACAUGGUGGACGAGGAGCAGAUAAGCGUCUCAGAUCUUUAUAAAAUGCAUCUGUCCAGCAGACACAGUGUCCAGCAGAGCACCACACAGGGCGACGGCACACGGCAGCGGCACGGCGACCCGGGCCGAGUUCCGGUACCACACCACCUGCUGGUCAACCUGAAGAGCUUCACCUACAACAGCAUCGGGGAGGACACGGACAUCUUCUUCUCCCUGUACGACCUGAGAGAGGGAAAGACCAUCAGUGAGAAGUUCAUGGUGAGACUGAACAAGAACGGAGGCCCGAAGAAUCCAGAGAAGGUGGAGAGGCUGUGUGCGCUCUUCACGGAUCUGAGCAACAAGGACAUGAAGAGAGAUCUGUACAUCGUGUCCCAGGUCAUCAGGACAGGUCGCAUGCUGCUGAACGACAGUAAGAAAGGUCCGCCACACGUUCAGUACCGCCGGCCGUACGGGUGUGCCGUCCUGGCCAUGAGCGACGUCCUGCAGACCAUCGCCGAGCUGAAGGAGGAGAAGGACUUUGUGCUGAAGGUGUACACGUGUAACAAUGAGAACGAAUGGUACCAGAUCCAUGAGAACAUCAUCCGCAAGUCCAGCACCAAAUACACAGCUCCCAGCACCAACUAUGGCCUCAUCAUCUCCCUGCAGCUGCUGAGAGGAGACAUGGAUCAGGUCCGCAGGGAGAACCCUCUCAUCUUCAGCAGAGGCGCGGCCAUCACACGCAAACUGGGGUUCCCCGAUGUCAUCAUGCCGGGGGACAUCCGUAACGACCUGUACCUGACGCUGGAGCGAGGGGACUUCGAGAGAGGAGGGAAGAGCGUCCAGAAGAACAUCGAGGUCACCGUCUUUGUGCUUUACGCCGAUGGAGAGAUCCUCAAGGACUGCAUCAGUGUUGGUUCGGGGGAGCCCAACCUGCCCGAGCACCGCUCCUUCGUGCUCUACCACAACAACAGCCCCCGCUGGAGUGAGGUCAUCAAACUACCGAUUCCCAUCGACCGCUUCAGAGGAUCCCACAUCCGCUUCGAGUUCAGACACUGCUCCACAAAAGACAAAGGAGAGAAGAAGCUGUUUGGUUUUGCCUUCACUCCUCUGAUGAGGGAGGAUGGAACCACUCUGUCAGACGAGAGCCACGAACUCUACGCCUACAAGUGUGAUGAGAACACCACCUUCAGUAACCACGCCCUCUACCUGGGCCUGCCCUGCUGCAAGGAAGACUUCAACAGCUGCCCCAGCAUCCCCUCCAGCCUCAUCUUCCAGCGCAGCACCAAGGAGAGCUUCUGGAUCUCCACCCAGCUGUCCUCCACCAAGCUCACGCAGAACGUCGACCUGCUGGCGCUGCUGAAGUGGAAAGCUCAUCCGGACCGGGUCAUGGACAUCCUGGGCCGGCUGAGGCACGUCAGUGGAGAGGAGAUCGUCAAGUUUCUACAAGACAUUCUGGACACGUUGUUCUCCAUCUUAGACGACAACACAGACAAGUAUGGACCACUGGUGUUCCAGUCACUGGUGUUCAUCAUCAACCUGCCGGACAGUAAGUUCUAUCACUUCCGACCUGUGAUGGACACGUACAUUCAGAAGCACUUUGCUGGAGCUCUGGCCUACAAGGAGCUGAUCCGCUGUCUGAAGUGGUACAUGGAUCGCUCUGCAGAGGUGGUGAGACAGGACCACAUCCAGGAGGCCAUGAGGGCUCUGGAGUAUCUGUUUAAGUUCAUCGUUCAGUCUCGGAUCCUUUACUCUCGGGCCACGUGUGGGAUGGAGGAGGAGCAGUUCAGGACCAGCGUCCAGGAACUGUUCCAGUCCAUCCGCUUCGUCCUCAGCCUGGACAGCCGCAGCUCCGAGACCCUCAUCUUCACCCAGGGCUCGCAGCCUUGUCCCGGGUCAAAUCCAGCCCCAGGUCCUGCUGCUCCCUUAGCGUUAGCCACGCCCCCGGGUCAGUCCCAGCUCGCCGCCCCGGGGGGGGCACUCGGCAGCGGGGGGGCACCCGGCUGCGUUCAGGCCUGGAGCUCCAACGCUCUGCGGCCGUCGCCUCUGUCAGCCGCUCUGCUCAACUCGUUCCCGGCCAUCUUCGACGAGCUGCUGCAGAUGUUCACGGUGCAGGAGGUGGCGGAGUUUGUGCGCGGCACGCUGGGCAGCAUGCCGUCCACCGUGCACAUGGGACAGUCCAUGGACGUGGUCAAGCUGCAGUCCAUCGCCCGCACUGUGGACAGCCGGCUCUUCUCCUUCCCAGAGUCUCGAAGGAUCCUGCUGCCCGUGGUCCUGCAUCACAUCCAUCUGCAUCUGAGGCAACAGAAAGAGUUGCUCAUCUGCUCUGGAAUACUCAGCUCUAUAUUCUCUAUAAUCAAGACCAGCUCACUGGACACGUCCGUGCAGGAGGAGGUGGAGAUGAUGGUGGAGUCUCUGCUGGACGUCCUCCUGCAGAGCCUGCUGUCCAUCAUGAGCAAGAGCCAAUCGCAGGAGGCGGUAAGGGGUCAACGCUGUCCGCAGUGCACCGCGGAGAUCACUGGCGAGUACGUGUCCUGCCUCCUGUCUCUCCUCCGCCAGAUGACCGACAUCCACUUCCAGCACCUGAUGGAAAACUUCCAGAGCAAAGAGGAGCUGAAGGAAUUCCUGCUGAAGAUUCUGUGUGUGUUCAGAAAUCUGAUGAAGCUCAGUAUCUUCCCUCGUGACUGGAACAUCAUGAGACUGCUCACCAGCAACAUCAUCCUGACCACGGCUCAGUAUUUGUCACCUGCGCUUCACAAGAACUUCACCGAAGCAGAGUUUGAUUUUAAGGUGUGGAACUCCUACUUCAGUUUGGCCGUCCUCUACAUCAACCAGCCGAGUCUGCAGCUGGAGAACCUGAGUCCUGCCAAGAGGAAAAAGGUUUUAGACAAGUACGGAGACAUGAGGGUGAUGAUGACCUACGAGCUGUUCAGCAUGUGGCAGAACCUGGGUGAGAAUAAGAUCCACUUCAUCCCCGGUAUGAUCGGCCCGUUCCUGGGAGUCACGCUGGUCCCUCAGGUGGAGGUGAGGAACAUCAUGAUUCCCAUCUUCCACGACAUGAUGGACUGGGAGCAGCGCAAGAACGGAAACUUCAAGCAGGUGGAGGCUGAACUGAUCGAUAAACUGGACAGUUUGGUUUCUGAGGGGAAAGGAGACGAGAACUACAGAGAACUCUUCAGUUUGCUAACCCAGCUGUUUGGGCCCUACCCCAGUCUGUUGGAGAAGAUCGAGCAGGAGACGUGGAGAGAGACGGGCGUGUCCUUCGUCACGUCCGUCACACGGCUGAUGGAGCGACUGCUGGACUACAGGGACUGCAUGAAGGGAGACGAGACGGAGAACAAGAAGAUCGGCUGCACCGUCAACCUGCUGAACUUCUACAAGUCGGAGAUCAACAAGGAGGAGAUGUACAUCCGCUACAUCCACAAGCUGUGUGACAUGCACCUACAGGCCGAGAACUUCACAGAGGCUGCGUUCACUCUGCUGUUGUACUGGGAGCUGCUGCACUGGGACGAGCGGCCGCUGAAGGAGUUCCUGCAUUACUCUGCUCAGACCGAGUGGCACCGCAAGGAGGCGCUCUGCCGCAAGGUCAUCCACUACUUCAACAAGGGAAAGUGCUGGGAGUAUGGAAUCCCUCUUUGCAGGGAGUUGGCCUUCCAGUAUGAAUCUCUGUACGACUACCAGAGUCUGAGCUGGAUACGGAAAAUGGAGGCGGCGUAUUACGACAACAUUAUGGAGCAACAGCGUCUGGAGCCAGAGUUCUUCAGGGUGGGAUUCUACGGCAGGAAGUUCCCCUUCUUCCUCAGAAACAAAGAGUUUGUGUGUCGGGGUCAUGACUACGAAAGGUUAGAGGCCUUCCAGCAAAGGAUGCUGGGAGAAUUCCCACAAGCCAUUGCGAUGCAGCAUCCCAAUCAGCCGGAUGAGGCGAUCCUGCAGUGCGACGCCCAGUACCUCCAGAUCUACGCCGUAACGCCGGUGCCGGACGGCGUCACCGUGCUGCAGAUGGACCGAGUACCGGACCGCAUCAAGAGCUUCUACAGGGUCAACAACGUCCGGCGCUUCCGUUACGACCGGCCGUUCCACAAAGGAUCCAAAGACCGAGACAACGAGUUCAAGAGUCUCUGGAUCGAGAGGACCACCCUGAUCCUCACGCACCCCCUGCCUGGAAUCUCUCGCUGGUUUGAGGUGGAGAAGCGAGAGCUGGUGGAGGUGAGUCCGCUGGAAAACGCCGUGUCUGUGGUGGAGAACAAGAACCAGGAGCUGCGGACCCUGAUCAGCCAGUACCAGCACAAGCAGCUGCACGGGAACAUCAACCUGCUCAGCAUGACCCUGAACGGAGUCAUCGACGCCGCCGUCAACGGAGGCAUCGCCCGCUACCAAGAGGCGUUCUUUGAUAAGGAAUACAUCAGCAGCCACCCUGAGGACACGGAGAAGAUCACGCAGAUCAAAGACCUGAUGCAGGAGCAGGUCCACAUCCUGGGCGUCGGCCUGGCCGUGCACGAGAAGCUGGUUCACCCGGAGAUGCGUCCGCUGCACAAGAAGCUGAUCGACCAGUUCCAGAUGAUGAGGAGCAGCCUCUGCCACUGUUUCUAUGUGGCGCUGCAGGGACUUCCUGGUUUGGACAAGGUGGUCUCAGGAGCCACGCCCCCCAGAGGGAUCCUGGCCUCACACAGCCCCCUGAGCCCCGAGAGCUUCAAGCUCAUGCACCGGCACAGCCCCAUAGCUGUUCUGACUCCAGUGCGCUCCUCCUCCUCCUCUCUCUCCUCCCACCCCUCCAGUGAGAUGGGGAACGUUGGGAACCUGCUGAUCCUGGCGGAUGGGAUGGUGGUGGAGCACCCGGACGACUUCUACCGGAUGCAGGCAAGCCCCUCCUCCUCUAGCCUGAGCUCCACCCACUCUGCGCCCUCUCAGAUGAUACACUCCGCCCCCUCCACCAUCAGAGUGGGUUCUCCGUCUCUGCCGGACAAGUACCGACACAACAGAGAGAUGCUGAUGCUGCUGCCGCCGCACAGGGAGCGGCCGAGCAGCGCCAUGUACACCAACCUCACGGAGAACGGCCAGCCAGUGAACUUCCAGCGGGCGCUGUUCCAUCAGGUGAUUGGUCCGUGUAAACCCUGCAGCGACCCCAACCUGUCGGUGGCUGAGAAAGUGCUCACCACCCCCAGUAGCUGGAGUCUGGACAGUGGAAGCAGAGAUGCUCUCCCCUUCCUCUCUGCCCACGCUGGCACUGUCAUGGCACCUCCCGUUCCCCCCCGCAACCUGCCUCACGGGCAACACCUGUCGAUGCACUUUGACGCUUUCCACCACCAGGUCAGCGACCUCCCUCCAGCUCUCCCUGCGCGCUCCUUAAGAAAGUCUCCCCUGCACCCUAUACCUGCCUCGCCCACCAGUCCACAGUCCAUCCUGGAUGGCAGUAACUCCACCUUAUCAGGCAGCGCCAGCUCGGGAGUCUCCUCCCUCAGCGAGAGUAACUUCGGUGGCCCCGCCUCCUCCUCCUCCGACGCCCCGGCCAGCCGCACGGACGCCCUGGAGUCCGUCCCCUGCAGCCAGGCCUGGACCCCGGACCAGGAGGACCUGGACCCUCUGUACCAGCCCGUCAGAUACAGCGUCUCCGAGCCCGAGGUCCUGGACGGAGGGAAGCUCCCGCCCGGCCGCAGCCAGUCCGCCCCAGGAGGCGUGACCCCGGCUCCGGGUUCCGCCUCCACCGGCGCUCCACAACCACCGCAGCAGGACGGGCUGCCACACCCCCAGCACCACUACCACCACCACCACCACUUCCACCCCCACUACAUCCCCCACCACCCGCCUCUCUACCAGCUGCACGAGCCUCCUCCCGCCCUGCCGCCCAAGCCCUACCUCCGAGAGGGCUGCAUCCCGGAAGAAGACGCCCAGUCGGCGUCGCCUCCCGCCCCGCGGCCCAUGCCACGCAAGAUCUCACAGCCCAUCAUCGCUGCCACCAAGGACGAGCAAGCUAAAGUGGCGUGGGAGCACGGCGUCAGCGAGGAGUGAGACGCCGGCUGGAGAUUUGAGGAAACUUGGAGAACAAACAGAAUAGAAACUGUUUUCAGAGAGAAGGAGAAAGAAGUGAGAACCAAACUGAGACUGAGACAUGAGGGAACCUGUCCCGACCUUCUCCAGGAACCAGAACAAACACUGAAGGUCAAAGACGUUAAAAUCAUCGGCUCCUCAGAAAGUCUGAAGGUCGUUGAACCACUCGACCAUCAUGUGUCGUCCAGCUCAGAAACACUAUCACUCAAUCUGUCGCACCACAACGGUGUCAUUCAGGUUCAUCAUGAAACACUUCAAAGGGAUUUUAUCAGGUUGAUACCUCGUCACCAUGGUGACGCUCAGAUCAGACGCACUUUAAUCCUAACCCAUCAAAACAUAUACGAAUAAUCUGCAUAUUUUUAUAAAAGCAGAAACAGAAAGUUGAAAACAUAAGGAAAUUGUAAUAAUGACGGAACUAAACGCAGAGUGUUUCCUGAACAACAACAACAAGCCCAACGAUUGGUCGAGGUUUUGUUUCCUUAAAUGAAAGACGUCCUUUCCUUCAGUCUCUUUUUCCCGAUACAAUAUAUUAACGAUGAUGACGUCCUGUCGGAGCUGAGAGGUUUUUAUAUUUUCCAAAUGAAGCAUCAAAGUGUGUAGAUACAUGUAAAACAGUAUAUAAAACUAUAUGAAUAAUAAUUUAUAUUUAAUCCUUUUGAUUGAAGGUGAAAUAUGCAAGUUAAAUGGCUUCCAGAGUCGUUUAGUAGCUGCUCGGCGAUGACUCAUGACGUCAGGUUCCACUGCUGCAGCUCCUGAAGCAGAGAGAAGCUGAAGAAAUCAUUUCAUUUGAGGUGGUGACGUCAGGAAAGGAUUUUUUUUUUUUUAGCUGACGAUGUAAAUGUGUGCAAACGACCAGGUUGAUGACAUUUAUAGAGAAUAUUGACUCUGAGAAAUAUACACUUUUUGCCAGUUUUUAUGAAAUGAAUGACUGUACAUUUUUAACCUAAUAUACAGUUUUUUUUUAUGCAUGUUAAUUCAAUGGAAGAUCGAACAGAGAGUGAGUGAAACUUUCAAAUCACCAGGAUAUUAAAUGGCUGUGAUGAAGUGUAAAGAUACUGUGAAGGAUGAUGCGUUGUUGGCUUUGGUUUUAAAAAUGUAAAACCUUUUUUCCACCAGAUCAGAUCGUCA